CUUUGACUUUCCGGCACCCAUAUUUACAUUGAAAAUCGUAUCAAUCAAUAGUAUUUAGUGGAUAAAAGAUAACUAUAGUCGAAUAUGCUUAAUUAUGCUGGAAUAAUGCUUUUAUUUCAAUUUUCACACAUUUUCAGCGGGGCAUGGCACUUGACACCGAUUUUUGUUUUGUUUUUAAAAAUGGACUUUUCGGCAUUCAGCAGUGACAAUGAUUUCGAUGAGAUCGAGUGGAUUAAUUACGUAUUGAAGGAUUUACAGAAAAAUGAAAAAGAGACGAAAGUAAAUGAGAUAGUUUCAAAUCUCCAACAACAUGUACAUGAUGCAAACAAAGAAAUUGACAGCAUAUCUACGAAUAUCGUUAGCUGCAUGCCAAUAUUGGCGAAUGAGACGAAAAGAUUAAAGCAACAAGCAGUGACACUGAAGGCUAAAAUGAAUGAACUAGAGAAGGACAUCUCAAAGACAGAAACAGCAUUCAGUAUGGCUAAUCUCGAGAGACUUGAUAAUUUAAAGACUAAGUUGGAAGCUGCUAAAAACUUUUUGGAACAAAAUGACUCAUUCUCUAAACUUACAUCGGAACUGGAAAGUUUACUUGAAGAUCUCAGCGAGCCAAAGGAUUUGGCACUUGCUUGUGAGAAAUUGCAUGCUUUACAAAAGUCGUAUGAAGCACAAAAAGGAUUAGCAGGUGAAACUGAUCGUGAAUUAAAAUUGGAAGAAUUUAAGAACAGACUUGAAGCUACAAUAACUAGUGACGUAGUAAGAGUUUUAAAGGAAGGACAUAUUGAAGAGUCUCUAAGAUUCGUUGAAAUGUUCCGAAAGAUCGAACGAUUGCCACAAAUGAAAAAUUAUUACGCGACAAUCCAGCAAGAGAACUUUAGGAGAAGUUGGAUAGAAAUUAGUGGAGGUGUUGAAAAUUCAGACAAUCCAAGAUUCUUAUCAGAUUUCUAUGAGGUAUUUUUGACUAAUUGGAAUAAGCAUCUUAGAUGGUAUCGAGAAGUAUUUUCAUGCGAUGGAGUAAUUGAGACAGUUUCAAUCAUUUCUGAGACACUUAUGUCCUUACAUCCAUCAAGAGAAUCUGUAAUAAGUAGUUAUCUGAAAAGAAUUAACGAAAAAAUGGAACUACUACUUGAAGUAUCUCAAUCAAAUGUUAAGUUUUCAGAUGCAAUUCGUGAGAAAAUUGAAGAUUCUGGAACUUUAGUUCCAAAUGAAAAGAUGACAUCCUUAUCACAUUCCAUAUUUAACUAUUUUAAUAUCUUUAUUGUAACUUAUUCAACAUUAGAGCAGUCAAAUCUUGAUUCUGAUUUUGAGACACUGAAAAUAAUGCAAACGAACGGAAGUGAAACAGUUAGAUGCUUGGAAAAUUCCAUUUAUAAAGUUUUUGAAUGGGUUCAUCAAUCGAUCGAUCGUCAAAGUUCAAUAACACAAGAUUGUGCAAUAAUAUCCAUAAUUUACAUCCUCAAUACAUUUUUCAAGACCAAAUAUCUAGAAAAGUUUAAGAAAGCUCAGCUCCAAUUAGACGCAAGUCGUUCAGACCAACAAGAUUGGAACUUACUGCAAAUCUGUAUUUCAUUGCUUCAAAAUGUCGGUGUCUUUAAGUCUAAACUUGAUGAGGUCGAAGACAAAAUUAGAAAGUUAAUUCUGGCAAAAUCUAAGAAAAUUAAUACAAAGGAAGAGUUUUGCUACAAAAUUGUCGGUCAACGUGACAUUAAUGACUUCUCCAAAUACGUUUCACGCCUUUUAUCUAAUGAACUUAAAGAACUGAUAAUAUUUGAAAAUUUAUUAAAUCCAAUUGAGUCAGUUGCUAAAGAAUCCCAUGAAAUGAUGCUGCGUAAUGUCUUUGUUCCAAUUGAUACUUACUUUAAGUCAUUGGAAAUUAGCGAUUCUAAUUCAUCAUCAUCAGCAGAUUUGCCUGAUUUCAGUUUGUCACCAUUAAGCUACAUAACGGAAAUUGGACAAUUUUUAUUAACUCUUCCACAACAUUUGGAACCGUUACUUUUACAUCCGUCGAAACCACUAAAAGUUGCUCUAGAAAUGAGUGACGAGAACUAUAAAGAAAAUAUUCCUAGUGCUGAUGUUCUAUUGUCUAUAAUUGCGGAUGAGACUUGCUUAUUGUAUCAAAGUAAAAUCAGACAAAUUAAUUCGAUUGGUGACGGUGAGGCAAAACAAUUAGCUACAGAUAUCGAAUAUCUUGAGAAUGUAUUGGAAGAACUCGGUUUAGUUCUCUCGAGUCAAUUGAAGCAUAUUGCUCAAUUACUUAAAGUUAAACCACAAAAUUAUUUGUCUGUAAGUACUGGCGCUGAUCAUAAAUUAAUAGCAGCCAUAAGACAAAUGAGGAAUAUUAACAUUUCCGAUGAAUCACAAUGAAGAUAAUAAUUAAUGUAUUAUGAACAACACAAUAUAUUCAAUUGUUGUAAAAAAAGUAUAAAGUAUAUUUAUUUAUGUCUCUUUUUUCAUUUUACUUAAGACCAAUAUUUGCUUGUUGAGUUUGUAUAAGAUUGAUGAUAAUCUAAUGGAACAUUCGUUGGUAAUGAGUACUGUUGUGAUUGGUAGCUUUGUGUUGGCCAACUGUUGGUCGUUUCGAUAUGAUGCUUUGCGUACGGUGCUUCCGACGAAAUUACGUGCGAAGACGAUGUGGGACUUAUUGAUGGUUUUGAGAUAAUUGCAUCUUGUGGUUCAGUUAAAUGCUUUGAUGAAUAAUCUGUGGAUAAUACAUGUAAUUUAAAUAAAAUUGUAUGUUGUUUGAGGGAGAGAUACGUUCGGAAUGGAAAUAAGUGGAGAGUUCUUUUAUGCCUUUAUUAAGUUCUUUAAAGGUUUACGUGCCUUUUUAUUAGCAAUCGAUACUUUGGAGAUUUUCGAAAUAUUUAAAAACGAGUUCUAAGUAGGGUUCGCCAAAUUGACAUGCGCAUGUAUAUCUGAGAAAAAAAAUUACAACUUCUACUUUUUGCUGGAAUCGUUUCAAUAUGUCUCAAUAAUGAUUAUUUGGACACUUUUGAUCAAUUUGACACCAAAUCUUGUGAGUAGAAGAAGCUGAGAAAAGAGGUGGAUAAAACAAAAGCCAGAACGAAGACGAAGGAGAAUAAAAAGAGGAACUGGAGAGGAUAGAAUGAGAGAGAAGCAAAGAAAAAUUAUACAAUGAUGAGGAUGGGAUCUGAUUUUUAUUAUUAUUAAUUGGUGGCAAUCAAUUUUCUAACUGAAUUCCAGCAUCACUUCAUAAUAUUAACAUGAGUAAUAAAAAAAGAGAGAGAGAGAAGGUAGUAAAAGAGGAGGAAUUAAUUAGUCUGCGCACUUUAUUCGAAUGGAAUUUUUAUUUGUUUUUAUUAAAGGCGCUACGAAGAGAUACAACAAAAUAUGAUGCAAGUCAAUCCGCAUGAGAUCAAGUUCUUGUUUCAUUUUGAUGAAUGGCCAGCAAUUGAUCUUUUUAAAAUUAUGGGAACUAUGGUUUUGUCCAAUUGAUCAUCCAUCGAAAGCAUUUAAUCCUCCAUGUGAACCAGAUUUCAAACAGUUUCAUGAAAAUGAGCCAUAGCGUAAUUAAUUUUCCACCUGAAUCAUCUCAUAAGAUUAAAUAUUCUUGCUGCUUCGGCUUAUUUUUUGCUGUUCUUGCUAGCAAAGUUUUUUUUUUGGAGCCUUUUUGUUCU